CUUUUGAUUUUGUAAAGCUUGUAAAAUUAUUUUUUAAAGUUGCGAAUAAUUUUACAAAGUUACCAAGGACUGCGUGAAUUGCCUCAAUAGUAAGAUUUUUUAGAUCUUUAACGUAAAGUUCGGAAUUUUGUGCUUUGAAAUUUUGAAAUUUUUGAUCUCCCAAUUUUUGUCGCGAGAAAUACGAGUUUCUUAAUAAUUUUGAGAUUUUCUGACCUUUUGUAAAUUUUUAUUGGGAAAUUUCGAAUGUUCAAACUUUUGCAACAAUGCCAAUCCAACUUUUUCAAAUAUUCUUGGACAAGUCACAGAAUUCUGGGGGUUAUCGAGGCGGGGAAAAUAUCACGGGAAAAUUUGUGAUCGUUGUGACGGAUGAAUAUUCGCAUAAAGGAAUUUAUUUAAAAUUUGAGGGCCACGCAAUCAUAAAAUGGACCGAAGAUUCAAGUUGUUUUCGACAACGAGGCGUAAAACCUCAACGGAGAGCGAGAAAGCAAUUUUUUCAUACGAUUUUCAAAUAUGCCUCUGAAGAAACGUUACGCGAAGGCACGCACAUUUUCCCCUUUGAGUAUCAACUUCCCCCAAAUUUACCGUCAUCCUUGGCCACGCCCACUAUCACGAUUUGGUACAAGAUGGAAGCACUAAUCCAUAAGGAGCCGAAACCACGGCGGGAAAUUCUACUCUUCCCGGUGCGAGGUGAUCUCGACUUAAACGAGGUCACGGAAGAUGACCUUACCGUGUCGAGGUCAGAGGUCAGGUCACGUAGUUUAUUGACCUUUUACUUGCCAUGCCUCUGCUCGCUGAAUUAUGCCUCGAUCGGGUUGUGCUUAUCGAAGCGGGGAUUCGUUCCGGGGGAGAAAGUAGAACUCAGGUUGGCCGUCUUGACCGAUACCUGUUUCACUUUUGUGGUAUUGAUGCUCAUGCAGGAAAUAACCGUCGUGACCAAAGAGAAGACGAUGAUUGAGCGGAGAACCGUGGUCAAACUCGCACUCGACGACUUAGCUCCGGACGAGGAUAAUCCCGACGAUUAUAAGCGAUGGGUGGAAGAGAUCGAAAUUCCGGAAGAGAGCGUCGUCUCCUCAAACGCCAAGGAAUAUGGCGACAUUAAAAUCAAUUAUUUCAUUCAGUUUUCCGCCGAGGCGAUAAAGUUUCCCUACCAAUUGAUAAAAAUUGUCGUUCCGAUAACCCUCGGGAGUGUCGAAUUAAUCAAAAAAAUCGAUGACGACGAAGACACCGAGGUCAACAAGGGUCAAACCAGUGACGAUUCCAACCCUGGCUCUGGGAGUGACGAAAUUGAUAAAAUUGAAACAACUGAAAGCGUCGAAAUUGUAGAGAAGGUGGAACCUGACGAUCCAAUUAUUUCAACAAUACCGCCAAUUUUAAACCAACCUGCUCCACCCCCGAAAAUUAUUAUCGUCCAACUCGAACCGGAACCUGGAGAAAGUCAAAAUAAUCCCGUGCAAGAUGUCAGUUUUCUAAAUUCUUUGGAAAGUUCGAUGAUCCACGUGGUCCCGAAGAAAUCUCCGCUUCCGCAGAAAAGCACGCUUCGUCGCUUAUCUGCGACAGACUCGACCGGAAGUGGGAGUGGAAGUCCGGUAAAAAAGCUGGUUUUUCAGGAGGUUUCCCCCACGAAGUUUAAAAGUCCGGGGUCCCCAAGUGGGAGGAAAGUUGUACCGGAAGUGGGAACCUGCUCGGUAAAUGCUUUUACCAGAGGGACAACGUCCGUUUAAAUAAUUUUGAUCGACCUGUGUCACAUUUUUUGGAUUAAUUAAGCAAUUUUAUCAUUUUUGAUCUAAAAUCUCCCAACUUUGUUUUAAAAUAUGUGAAUUUUAAUAAUAUAAUUUGUCAGGUUAGCAAAAUUGGAAAUAAAAAUUUAGAAAAUUUAAAUGAAAAUUUGAGAAAGUGUGAGAAAUUGGGGGAAAGUUGUACCGGAAGUGGGAACCGAUUCAGUAAAUGCUUUCACCAAAGGGACAACGUCCGUUUAAAUAAUUGCAUUUAACCUCAACCAUAUCUUCUCAGUUAGUUAUGGAUUUCAGCAAUUUUAUUAUUUUUAAUGCGACUCCAAAAUCACGCAGUUUGUUUAAAUUUUUAAAACGUGGAAAUUUGAAUAAUUUAAUUUGUCAGUUAGCAAAAUUGAAAAUAAAGAUUUCGAAAAAUACGCAACUAUUCAAAAUGUUUGAAUUUGAGUAGUUUAAUUUAUCAGGUUUGCAAAGUUGGAAAUACAAAUUUGAAAGAUUUGAAAAAGUGUGGAAAUUUUGGAAAGUUGUGCCGGAAUGGGGAAAUGUUCUGGAAAUGCUUUCACGACUGGGGCGACGUCAUUUUAAAUAAUUCUCCAGCAAACAUCGAGACCAUUCUAGAUCUUUUUCAUAUCUUUCAGUAGCUUAAUUAUUUUCAAUGCGACUCCAAAAUCGCGCAAAUAAUCAAAAUGUAUAAACUUGAAUAAAUAACUUAAGUUGUAAG